AUGCGUGAUGUUCUUCACAGAGAGGAUCAGCAGCUCUCAGAUGAUCUCAGCCUCCUGUAUGUCCAGCAGCAUCCGGCAGAUCUGGACUCCACACUUCAGCUGCUUGAGGAGACUGUCAUGACCCUGGUGAAGAAGGAAAUCAGGAGAGUCCAAAGGUUGCUCAGUCCAGAUGAUCCAAAGUACCAGGACGAUGAGAAUGAAGAGGAGAUGAAUUGUGAAGAGGACCAAAUGAGGAGCAGCAAAGAAGCUCUCCUGGAGUUCAUCAUGAACAUCCUGAAGUGCUUGAAGGCAGAGGAGCUCGCUGAUGUUCUGAGGAGGAGAAGUCGUGCUGGAGUCUGUGUAGGAUGGCUGAAGAGGAGCCUGCAGAAGAAGUUCCACAGUGUGUUUGAGGGAGUGGCUAAAGCAGGAAACUCCGCCCCUCUGAAUCAGAUCUACACAGAGCUCUACAUCACUGAGGGGGGCACAGACCAGGUCAACCAGGAGCACGAGGUCCGACAGAUCGAAGCAGCAACCAGGAAGCUGAGCAGACGAGAAAGGAGCAUCAAACAAGAAGACCUUUUUAAAGCUUCAGCUGAGAGAGAAAGACCAAUCAGGAGCCUGCUGACAAAGGGCGUGGCUGGCAUUGGGAAGACCCUCCUGACACAGAAGCUGACUCUGGACUGGGCUGAAGACAAAGCCCACCAGAACUUCCAGCUCAUGUUUCCUUUCACCUUCAGAGAGCUGAACCUGCUGAAAGAGAAGAAGUUGAGUUUGGUGGAACUUGUUCAUCUCUUCUUUCCUGAAACCAGAGAAUCAGGACUCAGCACCUUUGAUGGAGUCCAGGUUCUGUUCAUCUUGGACGGUCUGGAUGAGUGUCGACUCCCUCUGGACUUCAACAGUCGGGUUCUGACGGAAGCUACAGAGUCCACCUCAGUAGACGUCCUGCUGACCAACCUCAUCAGGGGGAAGCUGCUUCCCUCAGCUCACCUCUGGAUCACCACACGACCUGCAGCAGCCAAUCAGAUCCCUCCUGAGUGUGUGGACAUGGUUACAGAGGUCAGGGGGUUCACUGACCUCCAGAAGGAGGAGUACUUCAGGAAGAGGUUCAGAAGAAAGGAGCAGAGCAGGACCAUCAUCUCUCACAUAAAGACCUCACGAAGCCUCUACAUCAUGUGCCACAUCCCCAUCUUCUGCUGGAUCACUGCCACAGUUCUGGAGGACAUGUUGAAGAGCAGAGAGACCAGAGAGCUGCCCAAGUCCCUCACUGAGAUGUACAUCCACUUCCUGGUGGUUCAGGCCAAAGUCAAGAAGCUCAAGUACCAUGGAGGAGCUGGGACAGACACAGUUUGGGAUCCGGAGAGCAGGAAGAUGAUUGAGUCUCUGGGAAAACUGGCUUUUGAGCAGCUGCAGAGAGGAAACUUGAUCUUCUAUGAAUCAGACCUCACAGAGUGUGGAAUCGACAUCACAGCUGCUGCACUUCACUCAGGAGUCUUCACACAGAUCUUCAGAGAGGAGAGAGGACUGUACCAGGACAAGGUCUUCUGCUUCAUCCACCUGAGUCUUCAGGAGUUUCUGGCUGCUCUUCAUGUGCACCUCAAGUUCUUCAGUUCUGGACUCAAUUUGCUUGAUCCACUACAAACAGCUGGACAGACGAGAUUCUUAAGAAACAAACUUCAUGUUGAACUUUUUUACCAGAGAGCAAUAAACGAAGCUGUAGAAAGUCCAAACGGACAUCUGGACUUGUUCCUGCGCUUCCUUCUGGGUCUGUCUCUGCAGACCAGCCAGUGUCUCCUUCCAGGUUUAUUGAAACAGACUGAAAUUGCCUCCUGGACCCAUCAGGACACAGCAGAGCUCAUCAAGAAGAAGAUAAGUGAGAAAGUGUCUCAAGAGAGAAUCAUCAAUCUGUUCCACUGUCUGAGUGAAGUGAAGGACACUUCUCUAGUGGAGAAGCUCCAGCAGCAGCUGAGAUCAGGACGUUUCGCCACAGAUCAAUUGUCUGCUGUUCAGUGGUCCACCCUGGCCUUCAUCUUACUGUCCUCAGAGGAAGAUCUGGAGGUGUUUGACCUGAAGAAAUACUCUGCUUCAGAGGAGGCUCUUGAGAGGCUGCUGCCGGUGGUCCACGCAUCAAAAGAAGUUCUGCUGAGCGAGUGUCGACUGUCAGAGAGAAGUGGUUCCCUUCUGUCCUCAGUCCUCAGCUCUCCGACCUCUAGUCUGACACAACUGGACCUGAGUGGCAACGGCCUGAAGGAUCCAGGAGUGGAGCUGCUGUCUGCUGGACUGAAGAGUCCACACUGUCACCUGGAGGCUGUGCAAGUGCUCAGCUACUGUUGGCUGUCAGAGAGAAGUGGUUCCCUUCUGUCCUCAGUCCUCAGCUCUUCGUCCUCUCGUCUGACACAACUGGACCUGAGCCACAACGACCUACAGGAUCCAGGAGUGGAGUUGCUGUCUGCUGGACUGAAGAGUCCACACUGUCACCUGGCGACUCUCAGGCUUAACCGGUGUCUACUGUCAAAGAGAAGUGGUUCACUUCUGUCCUCAGUCCUCAGCUGUCCGUCCUCCAGUCUGACAAAUCUGGACCUGAGCUCUAACAAGCUGAAGGAUUCAGGAGUGGAGCUGCUGUCUGCUGGGCUGAAGAGUCCACACUGUCACCUGGAGACUCUUGGUCUGUCAGCGUGUAGGAUCUCAGAGAGAGGCUGUGCUUCUCUGGCCUCAGCUCUGACCUCUAACCCCUCCCAUCUGAGAGAGCUGGACCUGAGCUUCAACCAUCCAGGAGGACCAGGACUGGAGCUGCUGUCUGCUGGACUGGAGAGUCCAGACUGGAGGCUGGAGACACUCAGCUGGAACACGAUUUUAAAGAUUCCUUCUUCAAAGAGUGAAGUCCUGUGGCUUUACGACAUCCCUACCACAAGGCUGACCUGA